AAGAUCAUUUUCUCCGACACAUGAAAGUCACAUGAUUUUUCAAGAUGGAGGAGGUGGACAGAAUCAUUAUUUUUUCCAUUCGAGCAAUUGGCUGUGACAUUGAUGAAGAAAUAGUAAGUUUAAAAGAAUUUUCAACUGAGUUGAUAGUAUCAUCUGCUGUCCAGUGCAUCAAGACAAUUUUAAAGCAAGAUGUUGAUUUGCCAAACACCCUUCCCGGUGGAAUGUCAGCCAGGUUCCGGAUGGGUACAGGACUUGCCAACUAUAUACAGGAACUUGGAUAUAAGGGAGAGAUUGGAUACCAAACAUUUUUAUACUCAAAUGAAUCUGAGAUAAGAAAGGUGUUUAUGUUCCUGGUGGACAAGCUGCCUAAAGACACUGCUGAGACAGCAGAGGAACCUAUGGGGUCAUCUGCUUUGCUACAGAGAGCAAUUGCUUCCACUGUAUUAAGACAGAUCAAUUCACCUUGGAUCUCUCCAAAUCUCAAACAAGAUUCCAUCACAUGGAGAGGCAGGCCUCCUACAUGGCAGAGAGAGGGAUCAUGUGCAAUGUGUAGCUACCAUGCCUGUAAACUUAAGUACCCGAGUGGUACAGGAGAUCUUACCAAAAAAGUGCCAAAAGAACUAAAGUCUUACUACUGUGAAUGUCUUCCAUAUUUAACAAACCAAACAAUAAAUCACAAAGACACGGGACCUUCAGUUCUAGAGGAGAUGGCCAGUGAAAUUUCAGAACAAAUGGAGUGGGAAACUGAAUGGAAUACCCAAGGCUUAGCUUCUAGACUCUCAGUACAGGACUACAGAGCCAGGAAGAAACAGAGGAUACAGAAGCGACUGGCGGAAACACUUCGUCAAGACUUCAAGAGAAGUCAGGAAACCUCAGCCUCCCGCACAGCUCAGGAUCUACAACAGAUUCUGGACAAAAUGGGAAGCCGAGCCUCCACCUCCAAAACCAAAGGGUCAAGGUUCACACACACAGAACAGCUAGUGUUUGCCAAGGAUGAAGCAUUAUCACAGAUAGGAACAGAGGCAGAGAAACCACACACAGAGGAGGAACUUCAAAAACAGAGGGAGGAGGAACUACUAGGUUUAAAAGAAGAACUUGAAAGCAUUAGCUCAAAAUUUGAUCAGUUAGAUUUAGAAGUCAAAAAGUAUAAUGCUGGUGUGAAACAGAUGGAAGAGGAGAUAACCACUCAGACUAGACAGAAUACAGAGAAGGAGGAGACUUAUAAAGUCAAGAAAAGAACCCUGGAUCUCUUACCAGAGGCAGAAAGUAAUAUUGCUAAACUCCAGGCUAUUAUAGAUUCCAGUGCCCAGAAGUUAGUGACAUUAGCCAACCAAUGGGAGAAACACAGAGUGCCUCUUAUACAACAAUUCAGGGAACUCAAGCAACUCAACUCUCUUAAGGAGUCAGAGGCAGAAAAGAAACUGGAAGAAAUUAAAGCAUUUAGACAAAAGAUGAAGGAGGUGGCUGAUGAUGCCAGAAACAAAGAGGAAAUGCUAAAACACCUGAAUGCCGAGUAUAGCAGUAUGAAGAAAGAUGAGAAGCGAUCUGGUUAUACAAAGAGGAUGAUGGAGAUCAUGUCCAGCAUAAAGAAACAGAGAGAUGAAAUAGACAAGGUGCUAAUUGAUACCAGAUCCAUACAAAAGGAAAUUAACAGCCUGGAAGGAAAACUAGGCAGAACAUUCACAGUAACAGAUGAACUCAUAUUUAAAGAUGCCAAGAGAGAUGAAUCCGUGAAGAAAGCAUACAGACAUCUAGCAGCAUUACACGAAAACUGUGAACAGCUGGUGAAGACGGUGACAGAUACGGGGGUCAUUAUGAGGGAGAUCAGAGAGCUGGAGGACCAGAUUAUGUAUGAAAGCAAAAACAAAGUAUUAUCAAACCUGGAGAAGAUUACAAAGGACUACCAGCAAAUGAAGAAAGAGAACCAGUCAAUGAUAGACAAGAUUAAACACAAGUCCUGAUAUUGAGCACAGGAUAGUCAACACUUAGAUCCACCUCCUUUAGAUCAUCCACCUACUAUAGAUCCACUUCCAAGGCAUUCUACAUAAUGUAUUCAUUAUUGCUUACCAUAUAUACUACAUCUCUGUGAUAUAAGUGUUGUCAGAAUGUACAGAAGUACAACAGGCAUUCCUCCAAAACCAAAAACUCUGAAAACAAUUUAAUACAUGUACAGUGUAUCGUAAAAGUGCUCUUCAGAAAUCUUCUUUGAUCUUGCUGUGAUUACUAUGCAUAAGUGCAUAAGCACUUGCAGUGUUUCCCUUUAUAGCAAAGUCAUCUGCUUUUAUACAAGUUUUUCUUUAACUUCAAAGCUUGUUCUUCUAUAAACACAGAGGAGAAACAUAAUUAAACAUAGAAAAUAUACAUUUUAACAUGUUUGUUGGUUAUAUAAACUAAUAACAGUAUGUUUUACAAGUUCUUUUUUUUUGGAAUAAUGUAACUGGCCAGUGUGUUAAAUACAUGUACCUUUCACAUGUACAUUUGUAUCUAUUGUUUCAGUAUUUUGAGAAAGGUGUUUAAAUAACAAACAAAAUUAGUAUAUUUUUAUUUAUUUAUAUUAAACACUCACAAUCAGUUUUGGUCAUAAUAUGCCACCAUGAACAAAGAAAACAGAGUGGGAUGAUGAUUACAAACAAAUAGGUAACAAUUUGACAGUGAUGGACAGACCAAGCACAAAGUUCUUCUCUAACUGUCACAAGAUGAAUAAAUAUUAUGUUACAGCAUCAUUGCAAUUAUAUUAUUAUUGUUGCAAUCUCAAUUUCCAACUUUUUUCUUAUACUUUAAUCUUAAAUAAUGGUUUUGAAAGAAAAAAAUGAUUUCAUUACCUUAAGUUUGUGAUUUGUUAUUCUGAUGAACUGGAACACAGAGUGUGUAACUUGUGCAAUAAAUAUAUUCAA